AUUAAAUUUACUACUUCUUAUAAACACCAAACCUAAGCCUAACUUAUUAUACUUGCAGAUUAUGCUCUAAAUAUAUUAUUCGAAUUAUUCUUUUGAUAAUUAUAAUUUAUUAUAUUAAACUUAAAGUUAAAAAUUAUACCUAUUAUAAUUUAUUUAUAUAGGUAGUUCAAUUAAUUAAUAUAUUGUUAUUAUUAUUAUUAUUGUUAUUAUUCUUAUUUCUUAUUGAGUAUUUUAUUAAAUAAAUUAUAAAUUUGUUGAAAUACAGUAAUACACAUACUUAAUUGAGUAUUUUAAUCUGAUUGUGAAAGAAAAAUUGUUUUUAACAUGGCUUCAGCUGAUCCAAUGGGUCUUACCAAAACUUGGGAACUUUCACUAUAUGAAUUGCAUAGAUCUCCUCAAGAAGCUAUUACAGACAACACCGAAAUUGCUGUAUCCCCACGAAGUCUACAUAGUGAACUAAUGUGUCCAAUAUGUCUAGAUAUGUUGAAAAAAACGAUGACUACCAAAGAAUGUCUCCAUAGAUUCUGUUCAGACUGUAUUGUGACUGCUCUUCGUUCAGGUAAUAAAGAAUGUCCUACUUGUCGUAAGAAACUAGUAUCUAAACGGUCCCUACGUCCUGAUCCAAAUUUUGAUCUUCUCAUAUCUAAGAUUUAUCCUAGCCGUGAUGAAUACGAAGCACAUCAAACUAGAGUAUUGGAAAAGUUGAAUAAGAGUCACAGUCAGGCCAAUUUAGUUCAGUCAAUAAAUGAAGGUAUUAAAUUACAAACUCAAAAUCGACUACAACGAACCAAAAAAAACCAACAUGAAGAAUUAAAUGAAAGCAGCUCAUCAACUACUUCAAAACCUUCAAAUAGUUCAAGUCGAGAUAAUGUAACUAGAACAAUGGUACAAACAAAAGUGGCAAAGAAGAUGAAGUCUGUUAUGAUCUCAGAAAAAGAAGGACCUGCAUCAACUGUUGACACUUCAGAUAUAACAGAAUGUGAUGGUACAUCAAAAGGUGUGUCAGUAGAUGAAAUAGAACUAGUGUUUAAACCUCAUCCUACAGAAAUGGCCAGUGACAAUCAAUUGAUCAGAGUUUUGAAAGAAAACUCUGUACGUUAUAUAAAAACAACAGCUAAUGCAACUGUUGAUCAUUUGAGUAAGUAUUUAGCUAUGCGAUUGACGUUAGACCUUGGUCCAGAGCUUCCGGAACGAGCUCUUAAUUUUUUGAUCUAUGUUGCACCCACUGCAGAUCAAUUUGUUCCUCUCAGUGGCAAUCAAACACUUCGAAAUGUACAUGAUAAGUUUUGGAAAGUUAACAAGCCGCUGGAAAUGUUUUAUUCUUUUAAUUAAAUUAUUUAUUUAUUAUUGAUUUCUUACAACCAGUUAUAAUUAUAUUAUAAUAUAUUUUUAUUUGUUUACAAAUAUCAUUAAAAAUAAAAGUUUAGAAUACCUUACAUUAUGCAAUUUACUUUGUAAUUACAUCUCUCUUUUCAAUAUUUUCGAUAAUUUUAGUCAUGUAGUUUUAAAAAUAAU